AUGGUGAAGAAAUUUUUCGCUGACAAAGGUAUACAGUGUUUGGAUUGGCCUGGUAAUUCACCUGACAUCAAUCCAAUAGAGAAUCUGUGGUCGAUUUGUAUAACCAGGCUCAGGACGAUGGACUGCACGACCAAGACGAAACUCAUCGAGUCAGUUAUUGCAGUAUGUUUUUCCAAAAAAUAUCACCGUGUUCAGAUUAAUUUGCACAAGGGUGUAGUAAGUCCAUUACUAAAUAAGGGGCAUACAUUAGUUAUGGACAACUUUUAUAACAGUCCCCUCUUGGCUCGCACCCUCAAGACUCAAAAAACAGACGUGAUGGGCACCAUCCGUUUAAAUCGCGAGUUCGUUCCCGAUAGUUUGCGAAGCAAAAAUAAGUCAAAUAUGAGGACCGGGGAAGUGGCGUUUAGCCAGACUCGGGAUCUCACAAUAUCGGCGUGGAAGGACGGGAAUGUGGUAACUUUGAUAUCUACAUACCACCCGGUAGAGGUCAGCGGAAAAGAAAAAUAUGGGUACUCCAAGUACAAACCUAAGGUAGUUCUAGACUACAACCUUUCUAUGGGAGGCGUCGACAAAAAGGACCAACUUUUGCAGGCGUUUCCCAUAGAAAGGGUAAGAAACAUCAACUGGUACAAGAAGCUGUUCCGCCGGCUUCUAAACGUGUCCAUCCACAACGCGUUUGUGAUGUUCCCGAAACCAUCUUUGAUGGCACAGCGGCAGUUCAGAGUACUAUUGGCGGACGAAAUCAUACAAAGAUUUCGUCCACCAAAAGUACAACAGCCGCUGCCCACAAGGCACUUCCCCACAAAAACAAAUAAGAGGAAGUCACGUUGCAAGUGGUGCAGACUUAAAAACAAAGACUCUUGUACAUCGUUUAAGUGUUGCACUUGCGACGUGAACCUGUGCAUAAUCGGUUGCUUUGAAGACUAUCACGUUGCUCAGGGAAUCACAGAGUGAUAUUCUUGAAUCCAGAAACCCACGCCAUUCAAAGACGCUUUAUUUUGGCCAGAAACUCCAAAUAGCACCACAAAAACCAAAAUUAAAUUACCUAGCGUAAUCACUUCUGAUAGGUGGCAAAUUUUUGCACAGAGUAAAUUAGAAGCGAAGGUAAAAAAAGAGGAGAACAAAGUUAGAUCACAGGAAAAAAAGAUGAGCUUGGAACUGCUAACAAGAAAUAUAAGAAGAAAACAAUAGUUGAUGCCCCAAUAUCAACAAGAGAUAGCACAAAUGACGAUUGGUUUUGUCGGUUAUGCCAAAGAAGCACAAAAUUGGACAUGAUACAAUGUGUGACUUGUAAGACCUGGUAUCAUACGAUUUGUGCAAAUGUGGCACCAAGUGAAAUAACGUUUACUUGCAUGUAUUGUUACGUGUCGUUUGAUGAAUAAGUGAUGUAAAGCUUUGAAUUUGACUGCGUCGUCAAUUAUCCGUUAAGCUGAUUUAAACAAUUAGAAACCGCUAAGAUCUCUCAUUAAUUAUUGCGUCUUGAAUCAGAAUAAAGAUGUUGUUAUUAACCUGUAAUUGUGUAAUUAAUAAUAUACGUUAUGCAUUAUUAAUUUUGUAUUAUUACGUUUAAAUAAGUACCUACCACAUUAUUUCAAGAUAAACACAUUAUUUCAGGAUAAGUUAUUGUAAAAAAACGAUACUUGAUUUUAUUUACGCUAAGUAUCGGUUGUGCCAUAUCACUAUUUAAGAUAAGAUUCAAGGGGCGCAGCCACAUGAAACAAUAUAUGCCCAAGAAACCUAUAAAGAGAGGAUAUAAAUGUUGGACAAGGGCCGAUUCAAAAACAGGGUACUUAUAUGAAUUCCAAUUUUAUUCUGGGAAAGUCGAUAGUGGAACAGAAGAGAACUUAGGCGCUAGAGUAAUAUUAGAUUUAUGUGAAUCUUUGCCAAGCAACACAUUGGUAGCAUUUGACAAUUUUUUCACCAGCCUUCCAUUAUUGGAGAUUUAUUUGAGAAACAUAUUUAUAGUGUUGGAACCAUAAGAAUAAACCGCAAGGGUUUACCAGAUGUAUUGACAGGAAAAAAUCUAAACAGUGAAGAGAGAAAGGAAACAGUCCUGAAACCGAGAGAAUUUAUAUACCAGUGUGAUGGACCAGUAACUGUUAUCAAAUGGAAAGAUACAAAAGAUGUUUUUGUUGCAACUACUGCAUUCAAUCCUCGAGCUGUGGAAAUGAUUGAGCGGAAACAAAAAGAUGGUACCAAAAAAAAAAUGUUUUGUCCUCUUUCAAUCAAGAAGUACACUGAGUUUAUGGGAGGAGUUGAUCACUUUGAUCACUUUAGGGUGUUACCAGACCAAUCGAUCGAUCGUCGAUCGACGGUAUCGAUCGAUGGUAGAAUGGAAUAGUCGACGUCGAUCGAUAGUUUCCACCAGACCAAUCGAUCGUUCGUCGAUCAAUGGUAGAAUGGAAUAGUCGACGUCGAUCGAUAGUUUCCACCAGACCAAUCGAUCGAUCGUCGAUCGACGGCAUCGAUCGAUGGUAGAAUGGAAUAUAAUGCUUGAUCAAACGCGCCGCGCUCCGACUGUUCCCCCCCGCCCGCGCGCCGCGCUUCCUACCUGGCUUGUUUGUGUUGUGUUCAGUUGUGUGAAGCUCGCGGUUGUUUCGUGACGCGCAU